AUGGCGCGCGCUCCACACGACGACCCCUACGAGAGGUAUCCCCUCGAUGGCCCUUAUGCCCACUACGACAGCCCGCCCCGUCACUACCCCGGCCAUAACCCGACGUCUCGCGAUCACAGCCAUGCUGCGCCUGCCUACUACGAUGGUCCCUCGCCCCAACAUGCCCUAGAUUCAUCCUCAUCCACCUCGAGUCGCUCACGGGGCUAUCAUGAUUACGGCGCCCCCGGGCCCAUGCCACCCCGCCACGGCGAGUAUGGCCGUCACGGCGAGUAUGGCUACCACGACACGGGCGGUCCUUACGGAGGCGCCGGCAACGGAACUACCGCGUAUGCACCGCAGCGUAUUCCCAACAACAUCACCCCGGGUGCUGACAAUUUCAGCGCAUCUGCCGCGGGCGGCAUGGCCGGCUUAGCCUACGACGUCGCCGAUUACAGCACGCCUGGCCCCGGCUCCGACCCCAUGCACCCGAUCGGCCAAAUCCCCCCGCCCCCAUCCCGAGCCCUCCGUCCGGAUGCCCCGCGCCAGCCAAUGUCCCCUUACGGCGGCGGUGCCUCGUACGACCCAUACAUCGGCCGUGGCCAAGAUUCUCACUCGAAUCUGAAUCCCUUUGGCACACCACCCGCCACACAUUCGCCGUCGAGGAGCAUGAACAGCUUCGGCCGCCCGAGCUCUCUGGCCGACGACCCGUAUCAGUCUUAUUCGAGCAAUCCCCGGCAUGAUGCCGUCGAUGUUGGCCUCGUCGACCCUCACGACAUUGAAGACGAUGGAGACGACGGCCUGAACUACUCGAGGCGCCCUCAACGGACAUCCCUGUUCAGCCGGCCCAACUCGGACCGAAACGCCAAGUCUGGCGCGAGAGCAGCGGCGGUUGGGGUGGCCGCGGGUGCGGGUGCAGGCGCUGCCUCGCGAGGACUCAUGGGUAACAAAGGUCCUGAUGGUGCCACCCGCGCCUUGGAUGCUGGUGCAAGCCAGGAAAAGCCGUCAGCCUGGCUGGCGCAGCAAAAAGGCCAUAGCAAGACGUGCAAAUGGGUCACCAUCAUUCUCGUCUUCCUCGUCAUCGUCGGGGCCAUUGUCGGAGGUGUCGUCGGCGCUCUUGUGGCCGGGAAUAGGAGAGGCAAGGGGGGCAGCUCGGAUUCUGCCUCAGACGACGCCAAGGAAAACGGCGAUCUCAACAUCAACAGCAAGGAGAUCAAGGCACUCAUGAACGACCCUAAUCUACACAAGGUCUUUCCCGGCAUGGACUAUACCCCGUACAAGACCCAAUACCCCGACUGCAUGUCGGAUCCCCCUUCGCAAAACAACGUCACGCGCGACGUGGCGGUGCUCAGCCAGCUCACCAACAAGAUUCGUCUCUACGGCACCGACUGCAACCAGACCGAGAUGGUCAUCCAUGCCGUCAAGCAGCUCAAACUGGAAAAGGACGUCAAGAUAUGGUUGGGGGUAUGGCAGGACAAGAACGAGACGACCAACUCACGGCAGCUGGCGCAGAUGUGGACCAUCCUCGAUCAGUACGGUGCCGAGCCUUUUGAGGGACUCAUCGUUGCCAACGAGAUUCUCUUCCGAAAAGAAAUGACCAUUUCGUCUCUGGCAACUGUUCUCAGUGACGUGCGCAAGAACCUCACAUCCAAGAACAUCAACCUCCCGGUCGCCACGUCUGACCUGGGUGACGACUGGACGACGGAGCUCGCCAAGGACAGCGACUACGUCAUGGCCAACAUCCAUCCGUUCUUUGCCGGUGUCUCUGCCGAAACCGCUGCUUCGUGGACUUGGUCCUUUUGGGAAGGCAGGGACGGCCAAUUCUGGAAAACGGACAAGAACAAGAACGUUAUAGCAGAAACGGGGUGGCCCAGCGACGGCGGCAAGAACUGUGGCCAGGCUCAGACAACCUCGUGCGACCCUGGCUCCGUAGCUGGCAUCAAGGAGAUGAACCGCUUCAUGGACGACUGGGUCUGCCAGGCGCUGAGCAACGGCACCCAAUACUUCUGGUUCGAGGCCUUUGAUGAGCCGUGGAAGAUUCGAUUCAACGAAAAGGGCAAGGAAUGGGAAGACAAGUGGGGGCUCAUGGACAUCGAUCGCAAGCUCAAGAACGGCGUCAAGAUUCCCGACUGUGGCGGCAAGACGGUUUGA